CUGGAAAGUGCCCUGGGAACUGAUCUCACAGUCCAGUACUCCGGCUCCUGCAAGAACUACCACUACUAAAUUGAGUGGGAGGAAGAUCCCGGCAGAAAGGAGCUGGUGGAGAUACACACAGAUAACCUGAUGUUUGAUGGAACUCUAAAAACCAAGAUCAUUCGUGACUCAGCCGGAGUCCUUUGGCACAGCCCUCUUGAGACAGACUUUGUGACCACUCAUAGGGACUCUCCUCAUGUGACAGUACAAGUGAAUGGUUACUUUGGUGCAUGUCUUGGUGCCUGUGCCUUCACCUACGAUGAUGCCACCACUCCCAUGCUGACUGGCGUCUCCGGCACUGCAGGCGAGGGGCUGCAGCACACCCUCACCCUGAGUGGCACGGCCAUCACUGCCACCCAGCUCACCUGCACUGUAGCACUGUGGGGCGGCUUGCAUUCAGUGGCACUCAGCAUGCAGCCGGCUGGCUCGGCACUGCUCCCCUCCCCCAUCAUCUACAUGGUGCCAGUCACCGUGGUUGCACUCAGCAUCACGGAGGGCAGCACUGGUGGACAGUAUCCUCUCACUGUGACUGGCACUGGCUUCCCAGACAGUGAUGGGUGGGAGGCUGGCAGUGCCAUUAUGACUCUGGGUGGCAAGAAGUGUGUGGUUAUCUCUGGUGGACCCACAAAGGUCACCUGCACAGUGCCUGCUGGUGAGGGCACGGUGGAUGUGGUGGUGGAUGUGGGCGGCACAAGUGGCUCCCUCCCUUCCUCCUUCACUUAUGACGUCUCACUGUCACCCACCAUCAUUGGCCUUUCCCUCCACACCCUCUCCCUCUUUGGUCAAGAGGAACAAACUGGCACUUCAGGAUCAGUUCAUAUCGGAUCAGAGCUGUGUUAUACGACUCAUUGGAGUAACAUCAGCGUGAGCUGUCUUACCCCGGCACUGUCGGCUGGCACUCAUACCCUGGUACUCUCCGCUGAUGGCUUUGGUGCUGCUGCCAGGGAAAUGGAGUACGUACUGCAGGUGACCUCGGCCUCAGCUACCCAGGGGUCAGUGAAGGGUGGCACGCUGGUCAGGCUGGGCGGCACAGGCUUCAGCUCGGAUUGUUCCCGCCUCAAGGUGAAGCUGGGCCAGGUGUAUGAGUGUGAGGUGCUGCAGUGCUCCAAUGAGGCCCUCACCUGCAUCACCAGGCCCAUCACCACCAACUACAGGAUUGUGAAUGUUGGCACCAGCUCUGAGACUGUAUCAUGGUAUCCUCGUGUGCUGGAGGUAGUGGAGGGAGAUUCAGUAACCUGGCAGUGGAGUAAGGUGUCUGAGAACUCACAGCUGCAGUACGGAGUGUGUGAGGUGGCCAGCCCUGUGGAUAAGUGUGAGGACGCUGAUGGUUCUGGCUUCUUCUCAGGGACACAGACUGCUGCAGGUGCCGGCCAAGAUGGACACCCUUACCUUCACCUACAGUGAGGCACUCACCCCUGUGGUCACCAGCAUGGCAGUGCAGGGCGAGGAAGUGACAUUGUCUGGCCACAACUUUGGCAGUGACAACACCAAGGUCAC